AUGCCUUUCCCGGCGACUCCAUCACCAUUCCGCCUCUCCCGCCGCAACCCAUCCACGCGCCGCAGUGGCCCUCAAUUCGCACCCACACCUCGGUUUCUCCUAUCGCAAAGUGUAACGCAGAAGGAAGAUGAUGAUAUUGACGUGAUAGAUGACGAUGGGCCAUCUUCAACGCGUGAAGUCGCGGGUAACCCGCCUACUGUCCAGAGUGCCACCCGCGCGCGCCAACAACGCGACGUGAUCGAGGACUCUGAUGAUGCCGCAGAUAUAGAGGAUAUACGAAUCGGAGGGAUAGCUGCAGAGAACCUAGCAGAUGAUGCCAUAGACUGCACUCCUCCCGAAGAAUCAGAGACUCCAGGCAUCCUGGACGCUGAGUUCGACGCACUAUUUGAACCGGUUAGAGAUGGGAAUAAACGGCGCCGCGUGGAGGGAGCGACGCCCUUCAAUCGAAGCAAUCUCACACAGGUUGAUCCAAUAUUGUCAUCACCUCCCGAGACUGCGAACCCUCCAGCCGAUCCCAUCGAUUUGCCCGAUAAAAGCAGGCAAAGCACUACGACAUGGGAUACGGGCACCCAGAGAACUCCCGCACCACGUGCACGUCCAUUCGCACCACCCUUAUCAACCCCAAGCGACAUGAAAACACCAUUCCGCAGUCGUCCUCGGUUUAUGCUUUCCUCGACAGUGAAGCCUCCCAGCAGCCAGUCUGCACCCAAAUUCAAACUAGACACACCGGGUAUAUCACCGCCUGAGAGACGGAAGCCGGCUUUUGUUUUGCCUCGCUCACCGUCACCGAAUCCGGAUGCAGAGGAUAUCCCUGCACCGUUCUCUCCCUCUUCACGUACACUGCGUCGCCGUGGUCGAAACCGAGCCGAUGUGUCCAAUUAUAUUCCUGGCGGAAUGGCCGCAGAGGUACGCGGCUGGAUCUUGGAAAUGGGCACGAAACGUGACCAGUUACCAAAACCUCCCUUGGCUCCAGCUCCAAACUCGCAGGCGCCGGAUGCCUCGCUGGAAAAGCUGAAUGCGUAUCUCCUGACUGCACGUGUCAUUCAUGUCAGUCAGUCAUCUCUGAGCGGAUGUGGCGCUAUUGCCUUUUUCGAGCAGAAGUGCUUACUGGGAGUCAUGUGCAAGGGCAAGGGAGAAAUCCUAAUGCAGUCUUGA